UCACAACAAACGCAACAAACGCUUUCGCUAUUUAACGCAAGUAAAUAACACUAAUUCAAAAUAGAUACACCAACAUAAACCUAUCAUUAAACAGAGCUCGGAUGCUGAAAUAAAGCUAUGGCUCUGCUAGAAAUAAGCAAACAACCAUGCCGUAUCUGCUUCGAUACAGCCGAAAAUACGGUUCCGUUAAGUUGGAACGAGACCGGGAAAAGUUUAGCGGAAAUGUUAGGCAAAUGUGUACUACUGGAGUUUCACGAAAAUGACGGUCUUCCUUUUCAAUGCUGUGUAAGUUGCAAAGAUGAUUUGAUCAUCGCUUAUAAACUGCUGGAGCGAUGUAGGCAAUCCGAUGCAAAAUUCCGACUCCAGCUACUGGAGAGCAAAACGGUGGUGAGGGAGACUACUUGCCCGAUAACUGCAGAAUUCUUUGAUACGAAACAUGAACCAGCAAUCGAAAUCGACUAUCCAGAUCCAUUCAAGAAAGAAAAUAGUGAUAGUUCUGCGGAAGAGGACAUCGAUGACAAGUAUGACACCAAUUUUGUGCCUUACAGUGAGGGCGAUGAUGAAGACGAUGGCAAUGAAGAGGACAAAGAAAGUGAUCAAAAAGGUGAUAUAAUAGAAAACGAUAAAUCUCCAGAAACUGGAACUGGCAUCGAUAUUGAUGAUAAUGAUCCAUCGGAACGCAAACGAAGAAAGUACGUUAAACGGAAAUUCGUAUCAAUUCCUAAAAGGUGCUGCAAGUGUAAGAUUCGUUUUGAAGACCUUGAACAAGCAAAACAACACGUAAAUGUGCAUUUGGAUUCGAGGCAAACCGAUCCACAAAAGAUAUCUGCUCGUCCAUAUGAGUGCAGUGCUUGCUUCAAACGAUAUACUAAAAAGCGAGCAUUACUAUUUCACCAGCGAGAAAUGUACGUAGAUAAGCCCUUUGUAUGCGAUGAAUGUGAUCAGGACUUCAUAUCGGAGGAUCAACUGACCAGUCACAAAGAACUCCAUACCAAGGAGGCUGACGAACGAAACAAACAAUUACCCAAAUGCUGUGCUUGCUAUGAACAGUUCGAAUCGGAAGAAAGUCUUAAAACGCAUUGCCAGGAAGUCCACUGGCCAGAAAGCCAACCCAUCGAUCCACCAAAUGCCACCGAUUUUCCCUGUCCAAUUUGCUACCGUCGUUACAAAACGCGACGUUCACUGUUGAACCAUAAGUUGAAGCCCUACCGAACCAAACAGUAUCAGUGCUCUCAAUGUGGAAGAAUCUUUCGCGAUAAAUGCGCCCUUUCGGACCACGAACGCUGUCAUCAAGGCGAACGCCCCUUUGUAUGCCCAAUAUGUUCAAAAACGUUUGCAAUUAAGGAUUCCUACCGCAAGCACGUAAAAUCGCACGCAAUCGAAGACGACCAUUACAAGUGUGAAACUUGCGGCAAAGGUUUCAAGACCAAGGGCAACCUCAAAGAUCACUACAUUACGCACGUGACGGACUACCGUCCACUGGCGUGCAGUCUCUGUUCGGCCACAUUUGCGCGAAAGUCCUGCCUCAAAUCGCACAUGCGAAUGCACACCGGAGAAAAGCCCUUCAAAUGCCACCUGUGUGAUGCGAGUUAUGCGUUUUCCAGUGAUUUGAAGCGACACAUUAUGGCCCACACCGGAACCAAGCCGUACGUUUGCAAUGUAUGUGGGAGGGGCUAUCCACGACAGGAUUAUCUGCGGAAGCAUUUGGCGGCACACAACUAUAGCAGUGCGACCAACAGCUAGUUUUGUUUCACUUGUGUACUUUCGAAUAAAACUUUUUUUAAUUCUAAUACUAACAGUA